AGUCCAGGGGUACGGAGCACGACGAGAGCACGAUAUCAACGAACUGGUAUCUUUCUAACAUCGCUGUCGUGCGAAAGCAAGAAGUGCAAUCACGCCUCAUUUUUUUUAGAUAAUAUCUUCAAGUGCGACUACAGUAGAAGAUAUUUGAUUUCAAAGAAGAAGCUCAAGCUUGCGUCAGAUUGUUCUUAAGUCGUACAGCAACAACUAUUUGAUUGUCAACAAUCAUUAUCCUCAAGAAGUACUCCUACGCGGUACUUGUUUCAUCAGAUAAGCGAAAAAAUGGCGGGCCCUGGAGGAGAUAUCGAUAUCAACAACCUCAAUAUGGGGAAGAUGAUGAUGGACGAAUACGGUAACCCGUUCGUCGUGCUGGAGGAGCAAGGCGCAAAAAAGCGAGCACACGGUCUCGAAGCACACAAACAGAACAUCAUCGCCGCAAAGGUUAUGCACAAGAACAUGAACAUUUGUUUCGUCAACCCUCUUUUGAUUGAUUCUCUGGGUCAAUAAAUCUACACGGCACGACGACCUACCUAGUCGUGAUGAAGAUCCUUAGAGCAAACGGAAAACGGCCAGAUACAAAUACAUUAAAAGUUCUGUUAUUUGAAACUGAGACCACACGCACGAUAGAAUUUUAAAAAGAAAGUUUCCCCUUUCAUACACUCCGUCGCCGAGACAGUGCGAACGUCGUUGGGACCGAAGGGAAUGGAUAAAAUGAUCGUUUCGCCUGAUGGUAAUCUUCAUGGAACCAUUCAAUUCUACAAACCCUACGGUUGUUAUGCUUAUUGUCAGAAUCGAUAAUUUCUAUUUUUAUCACCACAGGACCAUGAACAAAUAUUACCACCCCGCCCGACCAUGAGCUUCACCACAUCACCAGCCACACCACAAUUCUCAAAAUGAUCAGGUGACGUUACGGUUACAAACGACGGAGCGACAAUAUUGGAGAAGAUGGAUGUGGAAAACGAGGUACUUGAUUAUGAUUUUUUCUGACACAAAUUUGCUUGAUGUUGAUUAAACAAACAAGCGGAUGAAUCAGAUGAAGUGUUUUGAUUUCUGUGACGAGUUUGCUAGAAAUAGAGCUAUUUUCUGUCAGACCGAUUUCCAUUUCGCCAUUACUUCUAGGACAACUCUUCGAAAUCAAAUCCAAAACAUCCGAUCAACAGAUUGCUAAGCUUCUGGUCGACUUGUCUGUUAGUCAAGACAACGAGAUUGGUGACGGAACGACGGGCGUCGUGAUUAUGGCUGGAGCGUUAUUAGAACAAGCAUUAAAGUUGUUGGAAAAAGGGAUUCACCCAUUGCGCAUAGCCACGGGUUACGAAAAAUCUUGCGAAGUCGCAGUUAAGAGGUACUUAUUGUGCUUUAAGAUAUACCUCUUGAUCAUGUUGCUUGAAUUUAUCACACCAUCAUUGAACUCAUCAUCAUUAUUUUUCGCAUGAGGAUCGUCAACCAAGUAGACCAACUGCUUCAGCGCCUUCAAGUUGAUUGAUCAACGUCCUGCAAAAUUCAAACCAGGAUCAAUGAGAUAGCUCGUGAAGUCGACGUGUUAAAGGAUGACAAGGCCUUUUUGAAGAAGGCUGCGGCAACGGCAUUGGGCAGCAAGAUUGUUUCCUCGCACCAGCAGAAGCUUGCCGAAAUCUGCGUGGACUCCGUGCUCUCUGUGGCCGACUUGGAGCGCAAGGACGUCAACUUCGAUUUGAUCAAGGUUGAGGGCAAAGUAGGCGGUAAGUUAGAGGAAACCUCGGUUAUCAAGGGUAUUGUUAUCGACAAGGACUUCGCUCACCCGCAGAUGCCGAAGGUCGUCCGCAACGCGAAGCUUGCCGUCCUCACUUGUCCCUUUGAACCACCAAAGCCAAAGACCAAGUACAAAUUGGAUAUCCGCACUGCGGAAGACUACCGCAAGCUGCACGAAAGCGAACAGAAUUACUUCGUGGACAUGAUCAAGCGUAUCAAGGAUUGCGGUGCCGAUAUGGUUAUCUGCCAGUGGGGUUUCGACGACGAAGCCACGCAUCUUCUUUACCUUAUGACCGAAACCAAUGAACAUACAGAAACAAAAUACCAAAACCAGUUGUACUAGUAGACGUAGAAUCGGUAUCUGCCACGUCAUGAUCUUGUUCUUCAUAGGAGAAGGUGAAAAUUAGUUGAUGCUUACGACAGCGACAUCCGCAGAGGAUCCCGAAAAUACUCCCUCUCUAAUCUCUAGCAUAACCUUCCAGCGGUGCGUUGGGUCGGAGGAGUUGAGAUGGAACUUUUGGCCAUUGCGACUGGCGCACGCAUUGUCCCACGAUUUGAGGAGUUGGCACCGGAAAAGCUCGGUUACGCAGGAAAAAUUGAAGAGGUUCAAAUGGGGACAAACCGCGAGCCCAUGCUCGUCAUCGAAGAUUGCGGAAAUAGCAAAACAGUCACCGUCCUGGUAGUGAGAUAUAUAUUGGAAUUUGAAUUUGAUGUACUUAGUUGGAAAAUGUCCAGUCGAAGUACUAGAUGUGAUGUGUAUAAUUUGCUCUCCAUCGUGUCAUUUUGAAUGAAGAGCGAGGGAGAGGGUAGAGCAUCCAUUCUUAAGAAAUGAAAUAAUGACUUACAACGCAUCCCCUCCACCCACAUGGUAAAUGCUUUUGAUUAAUAUGACCAGGUCCGCGGUGGGAACAAGAUGGCAGUCGCAGAAGCCAAGAGGUGUCUCCACGACGCGAACUGCUGUGUGAGAAAUCUUAUUGUGAGCCCUUAUGUCAUCCCCGGAGGAGGCGCGUCAGAAAUUGCAGCUUCUCUCGCGAUCGUCGAGGCAGCGGACGCAGAACCCACAGUCGACCAAUACAGCAUGAAAGGUAUAUACUUCUACACGCAUGAGUUAGAUCAAGUGCAGCAGCACCCUGCUCUAGCAGAUCGAGCUUGACUAAUUACAUGUUUGCAUUCAAAAAUAUCAGCAUUCGAUGCAAAAUUAUGUUGUUGACAACUACGUGUACAUUAAGAUUUGAUUAGAUUAUACCCACUGAUGAAACGUCAACAACUCCAGCUUUUGCCGAUGCUCUGGAUACUAUCCCUCAAAUCCUUGCGGAGAACAGUGGUUUGCCGUGCAUCCAAACCGUGACGGACUUGAAGGCAAAGCAGCUUGAGGUGAAGGACGGUUGGCAUGGAGUGGACGCUAUGAGCAAUGGCACAACCAACAUGUGGGACCAGAAUGUCUACGAGGCGCUCUCUUCGAAAUGCAACCAGUUGCGAUUGGCGACACAAGUCGUGAAGAUGAUCCUAAAAAUCGAUGAUGUCAUCGCAAACGCCGACUCCUUCUAAGUAGUGGUUCUAACGGAAGAAGAUGAAGGAUGACGAAGUUGUGAGCAGAAGUAGUUCACGAUGUUAGGAGCCGGGCAAGACCGCUGUGGGGGAAGACGAGGGUUCUUAUAUCGAUGAAGCCGAUGAAUACCGCAGCUGCCGUGGUCGCCCUGUGAUAGUGGACGCUGAAACUUCUCUCGGAUGAAUCAUUUCAAUAGCAGUACUUUAUGAAAAAGUUGUUACAGCAACACCGAUGAAGCUCGUCUUAAAGUUCUACCCCUUCUUACCCAACAUGGCGACAUUACCCUCCCUCAUUUUUACAGUUCCUGUUUAGUAGGAUGUGCAUGUGCAAUGAAACCGCGACCGUGCCAUGCCCUGGUGCCGCGUUUGAUCGAGGUCUUCUGAGUUCUUUUGUGUAUUUCAACUUUCAUGAUUGAUAAUUCUUAGCCUGAGAACAUCUGCUGGCUGUGUCCUUCUAUGUCGACGUUCGUUCAUGUCCUCGCUAAGACUUCUUACGUAGGCUUGAAUGAUAUGCUUGAAUGAUAUUGAAAGAGAAAUGUGGGUGACAACAUCAGACUAGUAGGUGAAAAGUAGUUGAAGAUGUCGAAGAACAGUAUCAAAAGAAGGGUGCGAGCGGCUUUGCUCAGUAGCUGAACCGAUG